AUGAGCGCAUCCGACUCCAAACAGAUGACCGAGAAGGGACCCGAUCCUCUCAAGGAGGAGCGUGGAGACCUGCCACCCCUCGAGGAUGUCGCAAAAAGUCGCUGGGAGCGCAGUUGGCCAACCAUUGCUUGUGGUGCUGGUCUUUUCUCCGAUGGGUACCUGAAUCAGAUCAUCGGUCCAGUCGGCACCAUGCUGGGCAAGAUCUACGGAAAGGCCUAUACCGACUCCACUGCGGCGCAGAACGUCUCUUCGAUUGUUUUCGCCGGCACCGUGGUCGGCAUGCUGGGUUUCGGUUACACCAGUGAUCACUGGUCGCGCAAGUGGUCCCUAAUGAUUUCCACUAUUAUCCUGUUCAUCUUUGCUGCUCUCGGAGCAGGAUCUUACGGUGCUGGUGGCAGCAUCGGAGGAAUGUUCGCUGCCCUGACUGCUUAUCGUUUCUUCCUUGGUGUGGGUAUUGGAGGCGAGUAUCCUGCUGGAUCGGUGGGAGCUGCUGAGAAUACUGGAGAGUUGAAGCAUGGUCAUCGCAACCGUUGGUUUAUCAUGUUUACCAACUUCCAAAUCGAUGCUGGUUUCGUGAUUGCUUCUUUGGUUUCUAUGAUCCUGGUUCUGAUCUUUACCGAGGACCACCUGCGUGCUUGCUGGCGUGUCGCUUUGGGACUGGGUGUCAUUCCACCUUUGAGUCUCAUGUAUCUUCGACUGAAGAUGGAUGAACCGGAGGAGUUCAACCGGGAGCGCAUGCACAACUUCCCUAUCUGGUUGAUCAUCAAGUUCUACUGGAAGCGCCUGACCGUCGUCUCUCUGAUCUGGUUCCUCUAUGACUUUUCAUCCUAUAGUUUCUCGAUCUACUCUUCUGAGUGGGUCUCUAUCAUUCUCGGCGACGACACCGCACUGUGGAAGAGCUUUGGCUGGGCCACCGUGGUCAACUGCUUCUACAUUCCCGGCUCCGCUCUUGGUGCCUUCAUGAGUGACUGGAUUGGUCCUCGCUAUACCCUCGCUCUUGGCGUUGGUCUCCAAGGAAUUGUCGGAUUUAUCAUGGCCGGAUGCUACAAGUGGCUUGCAACCAAGGAGAACGUUGCCGCUUUUGUUGUUGUAUUCGGAAUCUUCUCUGCCCUCGGUGAAAUGGGACCCGGCGAUAACAUCGGUCUGAUCGCAGCCAAGACGAGUGCAACUGCCAUCCGUGGCCAAUACUACUCAUAUGCAGCUGCUAUCGGCAAGAUCGGAGCAUUCGUGGGAACCUACGUGAUCCCAAUCGUCCAGAAGAAUGCCCCCAACAAAGUCCGCUCUGGCCAGGAUCCCUUCUUUGUCUCCAGUUCACUGUGCCUGCUGGCCGCUUUCCUGGCCAUUUUCAUGGUCCCGCAAAUUAACCAGGACACGAUCACUUACGAAGAUUCCCAAUUCCGCGACUACCUCGAGGCAAACGGCUACGACACCACCACCAUGGGUAACCAUAACCGCGAGAGCGCCAACACGGAACAGGAGUAA